CAAACCCUCAUCAAAUCUCUACCAGAGGGGAAGAGAGGGCGGAAGCCAGACACAGAGCGUGCCGAAGCGGCGGCGAAGGAAGGAGGAGGAAGAAGAUGGUUUCGGGCUCGGGAGUGUGCGCGCGGGUGGUGGUGGUGGACGCCAGGCACCACAUGCUGGGGAGGCUGGCUUCGAUCCUGGCGAAGGAGCUCCUCAACGGCCAGAGGAUCGUCGUGGUGAGGUGCGAGGAGAUCUGCCUCUCCGGCGGCCUCGUCCGCCAGAAGAUGAAGUACCUCCGCUUCCUCCGCAAGCGGAUGAACACCAAGCCCUCCCACGGGCCCAUCCACUUCCGCGCCCCCGCCAAGAUCCUCUGGCGCACCAUCCGCGGAAUGAUUCCUCAUAAGACCAAGCGUGGCGCGGCUGCCCUCGCACGUUUGAAGGCGUACGAGGGGAUCCCUCCUCCGUACGACAAGAAGAAGAGGAUGGUCAUACCUGAUGCUCUCAAGGUCUUGAGGCUUCAGACUGGGCACAGGUACUGCCUCCUUGGUCGUCUGUCGUCAGAGGUUGGGUGGAGUCAGUAUGAUACCAUCAAGGAAUUGGAGGCUAAGAGGAAGGCAAGAUCCCAAGUGAUGUAUGAGAGGCGGAAGCAGUUGACCAAACUGAGAACGAAGGCAGAGAAAGCUGCAGACGAGCAGCUUGGUUCCCAGCUUGAGGUGCUUGCGCCUAUCAAAUAUUGAUUUGCUUGAUCGAGAAAAGCUGGAGCUCUCAACUUUGUUUUUGCUGGGAGCAAUCUAGAGGGACGAGUCUACUUUGUUCUUGCUGUGUGCCUUCCAAUUACUGUAGGUUUUACGUUGAAGUUACAAUUUUGUCUCGUGCUUUUCAUUAUUUUGGUUCUUGAACUAAGGUUUCGAACUUCAAAGGAUAAUUUUAUCGCAAGGAUUUAUGGAGAUAAUUUCUCGGA